CUAGCUGGUGCAUGUGGCUACGGUGAAUACGGAAGAACUGUGAAUGAUGGUGACGUAGCUGCUGUUCCCAGACGACUCUUUAGAAAUGGAGCUGGAUGUGGUGUAUGUUAUAAGAUAAAGUGCACAGAAGAAGAAUGCAAUGACGACGGAGUUGAAGUUGUGGUGACGGACCACGGUGAAAGUCAUGAAUCCGAUUUCAUUCUGAGCGGCCAAGCAUUCGCAAAGAUGGCCGAGUCCGGCAUGGAGGCUAAACUCAAGGCAUAUGGUCACGUUAAUAUCGAAUACCAACGAGUUCCAUGCCGAUACCCUGGCAACAAUCUCAUGCUUAAAGUUCACGAGCAUGCUCAUUAUCCUAACUACCUUGCCAUGAUUUUCUACUAUCAGACUGGAAUUUACGACAUUACUGCGGUCGAAAUCUUUGAGGAGGCAAAUCUACAAUGGAGGGCAUGUAGGAGGGCAUAUGGUGCAGUUUGGGACAUGGAAAAUCCACCAAAAGGUGGGCUAACAGUUAGAUUCUUUGCAAGUGCAAGUGUUACUGCUGAACCAAAAUGGGUGGUUGUUGCUAAUGUCAUCCCACUUGCUUGGCAAGCUGGUGUUGUUUAUGACACUUCUAUUCAACUUUCUUAAACUUACAAAUUAUAUAUAUUGUUAUGAAAACCAUUCAAGGUUGCAUUAUUAUUCAAUGUUACCUUAAUUAGUCCCAACUUUUCCAGCACUUUUUAUCACUUUGGUACUUUAAUUUCUUUUUCUUUUAGGUGGAAAUUUCAUUUCCUUAUUUAUUAGAUGAAUUAGUGAUGAAUUACCAAUAAUAAAAGUUGGGACUAUAUAUAUGUACUACUAUGCAAUAAUUAAUGUCUCUUGUAAUAAAAAUAUAU